GAGAUAUCCUUUUCCUUGGAUGGAUUUGGUUUCAACUCUACGGCGGAGCUGUGGAAUAGGUAGUGGCCGAGCAGAGCAGAUGUCGGUGAUAGCCUUUUUUCCACAAACAUCGACCGCUUCUCUCUGGCAUUCUAACUAAUAGAGCCUGAGCCUGAGCCUGAGCCGCCCUCUCUCUCUCGCUCGCGAUCUCUCCCUCGCUCGCGAUCUCUCUCGAUCACUGUGUGUUCUACAAUGUCUUUUUUCUAAUCUCAAUAUAUGAGUAUUUCUUCUUCUUCUUCUUCUUCUUCUUAUGUAGCUUCCCUCGGUUAUUACCGGCUUUUUGGCCUUUUUCAUUUCUCUGCCUCCUUUUGUUCCCCCUCUUUUUCAGUUUCCGAUUCGGAUCUGCUCCUUUUCCCCUACAGAAAGGUUUCAGGUUGCAAUGAGUUUGCUGGUUCUUGCUUGAAGUUUCAUUUGUUUCCUUGAUAUGGAAAAUUGUAGUGAUUUCCUGCCAUGGGUUGGACCAGACGCGUCGUUGCAGAUUCUCAUGAAUUUAGAGGACCCAGGCGAUCUUGUCCGUGCUAGUGCUGUCUCCCGUGCUUGGCGUGAAUUCGUGAUUGCAAAUGGUUUCUGCAAGAACCUGUGCUUAAGAAUGUAUUCAGAAAUAUCCAGGGUUGCACGUGUUGUUGAAGUAAACAACAUGGCAGAGCCUUUAGAAGCUGGAUCAGACAGCUCUUUGGAAUGGGAAAGUCUAAGGAGGGAUCAUCGAGUUUAUGCUCAUUUAGCUCAAAGCUUCAAAUCUUCUAGGACACAAGAUUGCAUUUUGGAAGCCAUUAGUGCAUCGAGUACUGAUAAUUAUCCUGAAGAGAGCAUUGACAACACCUUGGAACCAAGUGACCGUGUUGAGAGGAGGCCUUCAUACUGGUCCAGCAAAGGAGAAAACAAUCCUGCAGUGCCUGAGACAUUAACUUAUAAAUUGGUCUCCAGGUUGUGUGUUAUAACUGAAAUCAGCAUACAGCCAUUCAAAGCAUUUUUUCAGUUUGGUUAUCCUAUAUAUUCGGCCAAGGCUGUGCGAUUUCGAAUAGGCUAUCUCAAGGCACCACUAGAGGCAGGGAGUGAUCGCAUGGAUGAGUCUUCAGCAGGUCACAGAUACAUUGAAGACACCUUCAUUUCAGCAUAUGUUUCACCAGAAUUCCCAAUGUCUCAGGAUAAUAGUUUGCAGAAGUUCAAGCUACCAGAGCCUGUUCUUUGCAUUGGUGGAAUUCUGCAAGUUGAGCUAUUGGGUAGAGUCCAGAGACAACAAAUGGAUGGUUUAUUCUACAUAUGUGUAUCCCAUGUUAAAGUUGUUGGUCGCCCACUCUUACCAACAUUCGAUGUUGAAAUCCUUGAUCGCCCUGGAAAGGCUGGAAAGUGCGUACUCAAGUACAACCCCCAGGCUGAGCGUUGCAUGUCUCCAGCGAGAUCAGCUGAGAAUCAAGCGAUUGUGUCCUCUCGUUUGCGUGUUUUUAGGUUAAUGCAGAGAGGUGCGAGGGGUUGGGAGCAAAUGAUUAUCAAUACAUUGCUGGGGAAUGCUGCGAUUGGUGGUGAUUAUGAAUCAGAUGAAGAGCUGGUUGUGUAGACCUCUUCUCAUUGUAAUUAUAUGAAGUGGUGUUCAUUCCUUGUGUUGGUUUGUCAAGAAACUAUUUUCCGCUACUUCUGUUACUUUUGUAGGAUAUGUAUCACAUAAAUGGUCAUGUUGAUCAUCACCCUUUGUUUUGUAAUAUUUGCGGUUCUGUUAGCAAAUGUGAAGAGAAUAUUUUCUUUCAAA